AUGAAGCGGACUUACGAGAAUGCCCUCAAACUCCUAGAAAGCCGUAGGCGCACUGCCCGGCCAAAGGGCGUCGCUGCAAGGCCUAUCACACCAGCUCCUCAGCCAGGGAAUCCCACUCACACUUCUACUCCCAAUGGCAGCAAUGCUUUACGCGGUGUGCCGAGUCUUGUUGGGAUGCGAGAGUGGUUGCAGUUAUUAGGUCACUCAGACGACGACAUCAACAAGCUCAAUAUCAUUCACAUUACCGGCACGAAAGGCAAAGGUAGCACAUGUGCGUUUACUCGUUCUUUUUUGCGGGCACAUGGCCUGCGGACUGGGUUUCCGAGUCGUAUUGGAUUGUACACCUCUCCUGAUCUGCGCUGUAUUCGGGAAAGAAUACAGAUUAACAACAAGCCGAUCGGUGAAGAUCUUUUCACACGAUACUUCUUUGAAGUAUGGGAGCGUCUCACAAUUCCAUCCUCAAGCGCAGUAUCAAUACCAGAAGCCGUCCGAGAAAAAGGACCGCGAUUCCUGCAAUUUCUCGCCAUAGUUGCUUUCCACACUUUCAUUAAUGAAAAUGUUGACGCAGCGAUAUUUGAAACUCACCAUGGGGGGGAGCACGACGCGACAAACUUCGUGCAGAAACCGGUUGUCACCGGGAUCACAUCCCUUGGCAUGGACCAUAUCGCACAGCUAGGUCCUACAGUUGAAGACAUCGCCUGGUACAAGGCCGGGAUCUUCAAAACAGGAGCCCCAGCCUUCUCAGUGCCGCAAAAGGAGGCUGGCCCCGCUUCAGAGGAGGUCAUGCGCCGUCGAGCCGCGGAAAGAGGGACGACAUUGGAAUUUGUCCCUGUCAAUAAAACACAGCUUCCCAACAAUGACAGGGUGCUUAGUGUCCCUGUGCAAAAAAUCAAUUGCUCACUAGCGCUGGAGCUCGCCAGUGCUUUUGUUAAAAUCAAAACUCCCGAAAACCCAAUCACGGCGGAUGAUAUAACGCAGGGAGUGACAAAUUUCUCCUGGCCUGGGAGGUUCGAAAUCAUUAGUGACGGGGAUUCUCAAUGGUUUCUGGACGGUGCACACAACACGUUGAGUCUGAAACAGGCUGCAGAGUGGUUUUCUAAAAAUGUCAAUACGACUACUGAUAUGUCUGCAGCGCGCAAAUACCGUAUCCUCGUUUUCAGCCACUUUUCCGAUUCACGUGAUGGAGAGGCCCUUGUCGACUGCCUCGGGAAUGCUCUUCUCGAAAAUGACGCUAUGCCAGAUCAUGUCAUUUUUACCACUUACCAUGAGCGAGAAGACGGUUCCACGAGAUUUGACAAGUUCUUAAAAGUGCCUGAAACACCGUUCCCCGACUUUCGGGGUAUCUAUUCUGAUAUCUGGAAGAAGCUUGAUCCAAAGGCUACAAUAUCAAGUGAGCCGACAAUAGAAGAAGCCCUAAAUCUAGCCAAAUCAGUGGCUCGAAAUCACGGAGGAAUGGAUGUAUUCGUGACGGGUAGCUUGCACUUGGUCGGUGGUGUUUUGAAUGUUAUGCAACCAGACAUAUAA